AUGAUUUUGCGCACCCUUGUGUGCCUGCUGUGUCUGGUCCUUGCUCUUCCUCUGACCAGCGCCUGUCUGCAGUGUGACCGACAGGUACGGCACUUGCACGAAGACUACUUGCUCGCUUCUUCGUACGCAAAUGUGGAGGAUCAGAUUGAGCUGAAGAAGAUCAUUGACCACACCUACUUCUUGUACCAAGAGACGAGCAACCGCUUCCAUGGCGUCAUCGAUCCCACCACUCUGUACAGGGCCCGAACUGAGUACCAGAGUGAGUUCCACAAGUUCCUGAAGAGACCAAACGCAGACGACAUACUGUUUGAGACCAUCCUGAUAAUGGAUAAAGGCAGACAAAUCCUGCAGAAACAUCUGGAGGUCUUCUCCCAGACAGGUCUUUGCCCAAACAAGUGCGGGCUGUUGCAUCAGCGAGUGAUGGAUUGCAGCACCUGUCGCUAUGAGAUGCGCACAUGUCCGUCUCCCGCCGGCCAGCGUGACUGCGGGGAAUACCACUUGGGGGCGGAGGAGGGGGAUCAAGUGGUGCUAAACUGUUUCCUGCCCUGGCAUAUUUUGGUUAUGGGGCACAAAGACUACAAGUACUCCCGUGAACCAGGGCUGACUUCGUGUCAGAGCAGUGACACUGGGGUGUUGGUGGUGACCCCUGACUCGAGGAUCGUGUUGAACCAGCUGCGUCACGAUGAGCAGGGUGUGUACCGCUGCCUCCUCCUGGACAAUGACGGUACUGUCUUGUCCUGCAUGCACUACGUCCUGACAGUCACUCCUUUGCCCCUGACCACUCCCCGACACAUCCCCACCCUCCCUACCCUUCCUCCUGGCGAGGACCACACUCCUCCUCCACAGGGGUCUCAGAGCAGUGCCCUUGUUGGAAUCGUCGCCGCGGUGACAGCUCUGGGUCUAACGGCCAGCCUGGCCGUUGUAGUGGUCUUUGGCGUGACUCUGAAACGGAGGGGGGAGGAGGCUCGAGGUCGGAGGAGGGGGCAGGAAGUGGAGAUGACACGGGUGUCGACGUCGAGCGAUUGA